AUGUUAUCAUUUCUUCACACAUCAAGAAAUCCCCAAAAAAAUGUUAGGAAUAUGUGCACAAGCCAAUGCAGAAAGAACCACUAUGAAGUUUUGAAUUUACCAAGAAAUUGCAAGUCUAAAGAGAUAAAAGAAUCUUUCAUCAAGUUAUCAAAAGAACAUCAUCCUGAUUUGAAUAAGAGCAAAGAUGCCCAUAAAAUGAUUUUGGAAAUAAAUGAAGCAUAUAAGAUUUUGGGUAAUACUGAAUCAAGACGAAUUUAUGACUUAGGGCUUGCACCAUCUGGGUUCAGAGAAUACAGUAAUAGAAAUGACACUACUAAUAUUUACCAUAAUGAACAGUUUAGAAAUGAUGCUUGGAAUGACAAAUCAUUUUAUGAAAAUCGCAACAAGUCCCAAGAUGAUUACUAUAAAAGCAAGCCUUACUAUGGCAUCAAUGGAAUAAAAAGAACUUCAAAUUUUAGAGUUCUUAUAAGUUGUCUCUUCAUUGCCACAUUAGCAGUGGGUUUGCAGUUUUUUGUAAUAAAGAAAUCAUUUGAGCUUCAAGUAGACGAUCUGAUUGAAAAGUCAAAUAGAGCUCAGGAUUCUUUGAAGACUGUUAGAGAAACAGCCAAUACAAAUGGCAACCAAGUACAAAUAGAAAUUUUGAAACAUAGAUUUGCUGUUAAAGACAAAACUGAGUGA